UCCUUUCCUUCUGGACCCUCUUUGACUCGACCUCCGUAACUCACUUUCCCUUUUCCCUUUCCUAAUCUCGCUCUUCCAUUCCUUCUUCCUCCUUCUCCUCCACUUUUCUUCAUACCGCACCCUCGUUUAUUCAUUGUUCCUCCCCCCUCAUGACCACUUACUUCUCCGGGAGGUGACUUCAUAGUAAUAUAACUCCUGUGUCCUUCGUUCUCUCACCGUCUGAACCCUUCCGAAUCCCCCGCUCUCGCUUCUUUCGACUUUCGCUUCUUUCCUAUAUAGAUAUGGUGGGCCGCCUGUUCCUGUAAGGUUUACGUCUACUCCGACGGCGUCCACUACAAUUUUUCCACUCGUCACCGUCACCAUGGCACGUUGGCCAUUGGCCUGGACUGCCAAUGUCCCCUCGACAUCGCGACUCUUUCACCUCCUCCUGAUCACUCUCGUUCUUUCGCUUUCCGCCCGUGCCGACGAUGACACCACUCUGAUACCUACCGCCGCAUCGGAUAGUUUCCCGUCGUGCGCGCUUAGUUGCUCCAUUCUUCAACAAGCCCAGACUGGCUGUGUGCCCCCGACGGCUCAAACGAGCGACCGCUCGACCUAUGUCUCUUGCUUUUGCCAGUCGUCGUUGAUCUCUCAGCUCCAUAAUUCCGCGGACGGGACAUGCGCCGACACCUGCACUAGCGCUGAUGACCGCACAAAAUUGCAAACAUGGUAUAGCGACUUUUGCUCAUCCGGAGGCCAAAACAAGGGUACUGCUGCAUCAGAAAGCAGUGCCGCGGCGUCGCCCUCAACAUCAACAUCGGCGUCUACCGCCAAAUCACAAAAUACCUAUCCCGCUCCAAAAUCCUGGUGGUCGACACAUUACCAAUGGGUUAUCAUGGUAAUUGUUCUUGCUGUUGGAUUCACUGCAAUUGCGAUCGUGGGAGUGUGGCUCAAGCGCCGCCACGAUGCGAAAUAUCCCAACCUCUACCACGCGGGGAGCGGUAGCAACAGCGGCAGCAACAGUGGGCUUCUUUAUAACCGCGGUCAAAACACCAGUCCUGGCCCAAAGCAGCCGGGCCAAUUUAUGCCGGCUCCAAGCCCAGUGAGCCAUGAUGAUUAUGCUAACACAGAUUCCGUGGCCAGUAGCUCUCGCACCGAAGUUGCCGCUCCUGGACCUCGUCCAUCACGUCUCCAAAGGACCCCGCAGCCCGCGGAUGUAGGCGAUAUUGAAACUCGCGAAGUAACCCGGUGACGGUUGGGGCGACGUUGUUUCACCAUAUCCACUCUUUCCCAAGCAGAGCGUACUCGAACACGGCAUCUAGUGCAUUCUCCAACUGGGCCGUUGCAUAGAGCCAAACUCCCCAGGCACAAUGUAAUGCCUCCAAUCCGUCUAUUU